UGUUCAGAGGGAGGGUGCGCGCUCGGCAGCUUGGUUUCCUUUAGUCUCUCUCUGCGUGACAGCGUGAGACACCGCAGGAUGUUCCCGACUCCCUGUGCGAUGGCCUGCGUCGCCUUGGCGGUCCUCAGCCUCUGCCGGCCCGCGUGGAGCGCUGUGAAGAUAAUCCAGCCCUACAGAGCGCUGAGCACCAACGGUACGGCCCGGGUCCAGUGCUUCCUCCAACAGCGACCCUCCAACCACGGGAUCCAGCCGACCUACCAACGAACGCCGCCGUACCCGCACCCGGAGCCCGAGGAGCUCCGCGUGACUCUGCUGAAAGGCCUCCGGGACACCCACCGGUUCUGCUCGUCCUUCCUCAGCUCCGCUGGGCAGAGAGAGACAGCAGCGGAGACGGAGGGAGAGGUGCAGUGCUCUGCCCGGGUGACAGGGGGCGCCGUGGAGGUGACGCUGUCCGGACUGAAGGCCGCGGACACGGACCUGUAUCGCUGCGAGAUAGAGGUCUUCUACCCGCCGCCGUACCUGCGGCUCACCGGCAACGGCACGCUGCUUCACGUGUUAGGCAGCUCCGACUGUCCCGGGCCUCGGGGACAGACGGCACAGCGGGGUGGCGAUGAGGAGGGUGACGGGGGCGAUGAGAGGAAGGCGCCGGUCAGCGUUCCUGUGGUUGUGCUGGUGACACUUGUCAUGUUUGUCCUCAUCGUCAUCAUCUACUUCCAGGCCGUACAGUGGAAACAAGGGAGGAGGGAGGAUGUCCGACUGGUAUCCGGUGUGCUUCACAAGGUGGACGCUGCUGCAUUUUCAUGUCAAAACUUUAAAGGGAACACCCACUGAAUAUUCCCGCCGGGCUCAUUGCGUCAGUUGAGCACCGUUGGUUUUGAGUGGAGAGUUUGGGGAUUACGUGGUUGGCGUUGACAAUCCAUUUAAAAUCACCUCUGUUUUGAUUGAGGUUUCUGUUCUUUUUUUUACCGCAGCUAUGCAAGAUUGCAUUUUGUGCAUGUGGAUAUCUUAGCGAGGAUAAAAAAAAUGUUGCUGUAAACACAAGAUGUGAAACAAAUGUGGGGCUUGAUUCUUCAACUCAGUUAAAGUUUUAUCCUUUAAAUUACAAAACUGAAACGCUUGAAGUUAAACUUAAAACUGCAGAUGGAAAUGUGACGCAAAUGGGAAGUGGUUGUUUUUUGUAUGUCAGUUUAUUUUGUUGCCAUUGCACUGCAGCAAAUAUUCAUGUUGGACAUUUCAUUGGACCACAGUUGCUUUACUUUAAAUUGAAAUUUUGUGGAAUGUGUUAUACUUUUUAAUACCUGAAUUUUUCAACAACCAAUAACACAACUGAACAAACCAACAGGGUGACGAUAUAAAAAGUGGUUAAAAUUUAAUCAUGGAUGCUAAAGGAAAAAUAUAACAGUGGCAAAUAAGUUGCCUAUUUCUUUCAUGCUUGUAAAGUUGUCAUGUUUCAAGAGCUGAACAAAAACAACAAAUGCAUUCAA